UCUGUUGUUCAUUCAGGACAAGUGAAAAUAAUGUUUCUGCUUCUCAUCUGGAUGAUGAUCGUCUCCUUUCAAACUGGAUCCUCUGAGGAUGUUCUGACUCCAUUUAAAGAUGUAUUGAUGGCUUUGGAAGGAGACUCUGUGACUCUCUCCUGCAACUAUUCAGUCUCUGUCAGCAACCUCUACUGGUACCAACAGAAGUCCAGUUCAUCUCCACAGCUUCUCAUGACAGCAUAUUCAGAGAAAACAGAAAAGUUAUCUGUCAAUCAUGACAAACAAUCAAAGGAGCUUCAUCUGAACAUCUCCUCUGCUGCAGUGUCAGACUCUGCUGUGUACUACUGUGCUCUGGAGCCCACAGUGACAGGAAACAGUAAAACUCUGUACAAAAACCUUUGGAGCAAAGACAAGAGAAACCCUCUGACAACAAGGGAGGAACAUGUUGAGGGAGGAGCAACACUGUCAAAGAGCAGAACAGAAAAGGACUCCCACUGUCACAUACAUUCAGUAUGGAAACCAAACAUAACAGAUAGUGUGUGGAAGAUGCUGUCACUGCAUUACUGGGUCAUGUUUCCUUUGUUUGUGAUCACACUGAAAGGUGUCAACUGUCAACAACUGACUGCAGUGAAGGAUGAAGAGUCCAGUUUAGAAGGAAGCACUGUGACUCUGACCUACAAAUACUCUAAACAAGCUACUGGUAGUGACGAAUUUUACUGGUAUCGACAACAUGCAGGGAAACCUCCAGAGUUCCUCAUAUUUCACUUUGGAACACGAAAAGAAACAACAGCUGGACUGUCUGUUACUGUGAGUGAUGAUAAAAACCAAAUCAGUAUGAAGAUCUCCUCUGCUGCAGUGUCAGACUCUGCUGUGUACUACUGUGCUGUGAAGCCCACAGUGACAGGAAACAACAAAACUCUGUACAAAAACCUUUGGAGCAAAGACAACAGAAAACUCCACUAG